ACAAAAAUUUAUUUGUAUACAUAUUUAACUGCCAUUCUUCUUUCUUAAAAUACUGCCGAAUGUCCUCUAAGCCGAGAAAACAAACCGGCAGUUUUGUCAAUGAUCCUUCUGCCAUUAAUCUCAUACAGCUCAGUCCACGCACUGAGUUGUUUCAAAAUGAACGAAGUCCUUAUACCAUGGCGAAUCAUAGUUCCAAGACGAACUUCAUCGGUGACACCGUUAUGCAUGAAGGGCCGCGUGCGGUUGCGGUUACUGAAACAGGCGAGAAACAUUCUAUUCACCUGGAAGAGGAUAAUAUGCAGACGAACUUGAAUCCAUUCACCGUAGCUUCUCAGUGUUCUCAGGUCUUUUCGAUGCCAAAGAAUACCGCUUCGUCAACUAAAAUUUCUGGUUUUGGAAACGAUUGUUCGAGACUUAUCACUACCAAGCGGUCGAAAGGCUCACGUCGCCAUUCCAACCAGAAGACGCGACCGAUUUUUACACCGCGCAAUAUAGACAAAAUUCCGACACGCUUCUUCAAUGACGACGCCAAAACCAAAGCGGUUUCACCGCAUAUGAAUGCGCAAACUCAAACAGAGAUUAACACUAGUUGCUCCGCUUUAACACCACGCGCAUAUCAUCCACCGUCAGUGGUACCGCCGCUACAGAUUCCUCGUCGUUAUGUGCCCCGCGAAACAGUUGGCGACAUGCUCGACAGCUCCCGAAGACAGCCGCUCAGGGUGUUGCCGUUGCCGCGUGAAAAGAAGUCAUUUAAAAAUUAUUCAGAAUUGCGGAGCAUUGCGUCUGCCCUCACUUUGAUAACCGUUGUUUCUUGGCUCUUUUCGAUAUUCUUUGAACUGGAGGGCAUGUUCGAUAUGUUGGGCGGCAUUUUACGUUUCCUAACUAAUUGGUAUAACGAAGAGGAACCACCUAUGACGAAGGUGGAGAUGUUUGUGCAAUUUGCGCGAAAUUUGUGGUAGCAAAGGUGUGACCUAAGUGAUGAUUUAUUGAUGUCUAUUUAUUUCGAUUUUUUGAAAUUUAAACAAGAAAUGUUAAUACGUAACUAGAUUUGAUGACAUAACAGUUAACCAAAUUAUUCUAAUUUCGGGGUCUCAAAGUAAUGGUUUUGGCUGCUAGAUAUGACCUUGGAAAUUUGAACGCUAAAUCUUAACUCCUUACUGAUCAUUAUCAUUAUUUUUUACAUUUUUUCUGUUUGUUCUUGAAGUUACUGAAAUAUAGGCUUU